AUCCUUACUUCGGUAUAGUCUAUAUGUCCUUUGUUUCUUCCCAACGCACGGAUAUUCGUUCUCUGCAAAUCUCACAGGAUGUCUUGCGUCGAAAGCGCGAGUCGGAAGCGGUCUCGCUUCGUAAGCAGGCCAGAGAAGAACAUAUGCAAAAGCGUCGUAUUGAGUCAUCAAAAAAUGAGUCCAUACAUUACAAAGAAAUUAUGAAAAGGAUUCAUGACUGCAAAAUACUGCUAGCGUCUCAGGACGAAGCCUGCAUGUUGGAGGCUGUCACGGGCUUUCAAAAGCUGCUAUCUUCUGAGGAGAAUCCACCCAUUGAAGAAAUAAUCAGGUGCGAUGUAGUGGGCAAGUUCUUAGAGUUCCUGAGUCAUAAAAACGAAGACAUUCAGUACAUGUCGCUAUGGGCGAUCACGAAUAUUGCAGCAGGAAAGCAUGAGCACACGCAAUAUUUAUACGAACGCAAUGCUAUACCACUCAUAAUCCAGGUGUUGCUGAGUUCCAAUUCACACCGAAUACAAGAGCAGGGCUGUUGGGCACUAGGUAACAUUUCUGGGGACUGCCCAAAGUUCCGAGAUGAAGUAAUUAAAAAGGGUGCUUUGAAGAUUGUACUGAGACUGCUCAGCAGUGAAGAAUACUCAUCGAAUAUGGUCAGGACGGCUACAUGGACCCUGAGCAAUUUAUGCAGAGGUAGGCCGCCUCCUCCAAAGGAAAUCCAGGAGGCAAUACCUGUAGCAUCAAGAUUAAUCUAUAGCAGUGAUCCAGACGUAGAAGUUGAUGCUCUGUGGGCACUUGCAUUCUUGUCUGAAUCCCUUCAAGAAAACCAACAGUCUAUGGCGGAAAUCGGUAUUUGCAAGCGUCUGGUAUUGCUGCUUCAAAGUGAAGAACUCAGAUACUUAAUCCCUACUCUUAGAAUCAUCGGUAACCUAAUGAGUGGCGACGACAAGACCACGCAGCUCGUCAUUGAUAACGGUGUCCUCCCAGUUCUCACUCCGCUUCUUAGUCAUACCAAAAUUGGUGUCAGAAAAGAAUCCUGCUGGACCAUUUCCAAUGUGCUUGCUGGGCCUCCCCAACAAAUUAGCGCUGUCCUAAAUGCCGGUAUCUUCCACAUCAUUUUGGUCAGAUUACAUGAAGACAGAGAAGAUAUCCAACACGAAGCGGCGUGGGCACUUGCAAACGCCGUUUCUGGGUCCACUCCAGAGCUCGUCGUUGAGUUCGUCGAAUCUUAUGGUGUCAUCCCGCAUAUCGUCUCCUUGUUAUCCAAAUGUAACGAAGAGCGACUUAUCGACAGUCUCUUGGAUGCUGUCGACCGCAUACUUCUCGUCGGCAAAAAGCGCGCUAUCUCUUCUCCACGCGGUGUCAAUGUCUACCUUCAAAUGUUCGAUCAAUACAAUGCACAGGAAUACAUCAUCGAACUCCAGGCACACAAUUGCAGGUAUAUCUAUAUCAAGGCAAAAAAGAUCAUUCAAGACUAUUGGGGAAGCGAUGAAAAUAGUAUUGCCAUCGACGAAGACACCUCAAAUCAGCAAGAUUAUCAAUGGGACCAAAAUCCUUCCUAAAACUAUUUAUUCUUUGCGCACGUUAAAAAAAACAUCUCUCACAUUUUUCAUUGCAUAACCCCACUAAAAUGCUCCAUGUGCUCAUAUGUGAUCCCUCCUAAAAAAUUUCUUAUCAAAUCUUUGACUUCAUCAAACACCUUC